AUGAUAGGACCGCAUACAGAGCUCUACGGCCUAAUCACCCCCGGCGAUUGGGUGGAUUUCUUCCGCCACGUCUCAGAGCCUUACGAGGGGAUCCUUGUUCCGGAGAGCGACAACCGCGACCUGAAAGCCCUGCUCAUCCCCAAGGUGAUGGCAGCCAAGGAGAAAUUCGACGUCGUCUUCCAACCGGACUACCAGCCGCCGGAGGUGAGCGAGUGGACCGCCGACGAUGAGAAACUGCCUAGUUCCUCGCAGCAGCCGUUCUUUCUACGCGCCAACACCGGCCCCCGGUGGAUGCUCGGCGGCGUGAUGUCUCGACCCUUCAUCACGACGGCGCAGAGCGACGGGGUCUGCGCGAUCUCGAGCAUCGAAUCGUCCAAUCGCUACCCGACCCAUAACGCGCUGUUCUCGGACUAUAUGACUUUCGCGAGCGUGGACCAUUGUCUGUGUGUGGUGGAGGGGACGUUGGUCGUGUCGUUGAAGGAGUCGGUGGAGACUAAGGUGCUGCGCGAGGGCGAGACGAUUGUGAUUCCCGCCGGGAAAGGGUUCUCGUUACAUUUCGAUAGUCGGUAUGUGCGUGUCUGGUCGUUUGCGGAUGGCAAUGGUAUCGAAUCGCUGGUUCAUCGGUUGGGCACGCCGUUCGAGGGCGUCGUCUUGCCGGAGAAGCAGCAGGAAUGGGAUUUGACGCGCGUGAGAGCGGUCACGGCGGAGUUGGGGGUGGAUAUGGACCUGGAUUCGUGA